AUGCGCUGUGAGCAAGUGGCUGUGGUGAACGUCUUCUACGAAACCAUGUCUGUACAGAAAACUUCGGAGAUUCCACUAUACCCGUGGUCGAGCUUCAUCGGAACAUUGGGAGGAUUGCUGGGUCUCUACACCGGGAUGUCCUUCGUUUCGGUUAUGGAAAUUCUCGAGUGGAUCUUCGACAUGGCCUUGUACGGAUGGAGGAAGCCCCGGCAUGACGAGAUGGGACCGAAACGGCGAGCUAUUCUUGCAUGUGAGCAUUCAUGUCACACAUGA